AGCUACAAAUGGCAACGACCAUGGCGGCUCCUGAGCUAUACAUCGGAAAUCACCACUAAGCCUCACAGAAGUUUGCAGUGGCUCUUUCUGAGCUUUGAAACAAAAAUGGAAAUUGUUGCUGGAAAGAGUGAGAGCAUCCCCGGAAGUUUCAACUCUGGAGGCAAUGGGCCGAAAGGAAGAAGAUGACUGUAGCUCCUGGAAGAAACAGACCACCAACAUCCGGAAAACCUUCAUCUUCAUGGAAGUGCUGGGAUCAGGAGCUUUUUCAGAAGUUUUCCUGGUGAAACAAAGGGUAACUGGAAAGCUCUUUGCCCUGAAGUGCAUCAAGAAGUCACCUGCCUUCCGGGACAGCAGCCUGGAGAAUGAGAUCGCUGUGUUGAAAAAGAUUAAGCAUGAAAACAUUGUGACCCUGGAGGACAUCUAUGAGAGCACCACUCACUACUACCUGGUCAUGCAGCUUGUUUCCGGUGGGGAGCUCUUUGACCGGAUCCUGGAGCGGGGCGUCUACACAGAGAAGGAUGCCAGCCUGGUGAUCCAGCAAGUCUUGUCAGCAGUGAAAUACCUCCACGAGAAUGGCAUUGUACACAGAGACUUAAAGCCUGAAAACCUGCUAUACCUCACCCCUGAGGAGAAUUCUAAGAUCAUGAUCACAGACUUUGGUCUGUCCAAGAUGGAACAGAGUGGCGUCAUGUCCACUGCCUGUGGUACUCCAGGCUAUGUGGCUCCGGAAGUGUUGGCCCAGAAGCCUUACAGCAAGGCUGUGGAUUGCUGGUCCAUUGGCGUCAUCACCUACAUAUUGCUGUGUGGGUAUCCCCCUUUCUAUGAAGAAACUGAGUCUAAGCUUUUUGAGAAGAUCAAGGAGGGCUACUAUGAGUUUGAGUCUCCAUUCUGGGAUGACAUUUCUGAGUCAGCCAAGGAUUUCAUUUGCCACUUGCUGGAGAAAGACCCAACUCAGCGAUACACCUGUGAGAAGGCCUUGAGGCACCCCUGGAUUGAUGGAAAUACAGCCCUCCACCGGGACAUCUACCCAUCAGUCAGCCUCCAGAUCCAGAAGAACUUUGCCAAGAGCAAGUGGAGGCAAGCCUUCAAUGCAGCAGCUGUGGUGCACCACAUGAGGAAGUUGCACAUGAACCUGCACAGCACAGGGGUCCGCCCAGAAGUGGAGAACACACCGCCCGUCCCUCAAGCCUCAGAAGCCUGUAGACCCAGCUCCCCUGAGAUCACCAUCACCGAGGCCCCUGCCCUGGACCAGAGCGUGGCCCUCCCUGCUCUGGCCCGGCUGCCCUGCCAGCAUGGUCCCCGGCCCACUGCCCCCGGCGGCAGGUCCCUCAACUGCCUGAUCAACGGCUCCCUCCGCAUCAGCAGCAGCCUGGUGCCCAUGCAGCAGGGGCCCCUGGCCACGGGGCCCUGUGGCUGCUGCUCCAGCUGUCUGAGCAUUGGAGGCAAAGGGAAGUCCUCCUACUGCUCCGAGCCCAUGCUCCUCAAAAAGGCCAACAAAAAACAGAACUUCAAAUCAGAGGUCACGGUGCCAGUUAAAUCCAGUGGCAGUUCCCACUGCCGGGCCGGGCAGACUGGAGUCUGUCUCAUCAUGUGAUCCCGGGAGCCUCUGCCUGUGUCACUGUAAUUUUCAGGAGAGAUGUUCUACUCCUCUCUGCCUUUCCAAACCUGGUGUCAACCCUGCAGAGGGAGGAAGGGGGAGCAAGCAGGGCAGGACCUGGCAAGAGCGUUUUCUGGUCAGAAGUGCCAGUCUGCUGCGGCCUGGGGACAGACCAUCCGAGCAGGCCCCAGGAGCGAGCCCCAAGUUGUGGAGACCGCACUGAAGCAUUGCCCAAGGGCAGGAGGAGAGGCAUCUGCUGGCUUCUGGUCUCUCUGAGCUGCCUGCUCUCUGCCCCCACACCCUCCGUGCUGUGGCUCUGUGCAGUGUGCGUAGAUAGCUCGUGCCCGGAUCUGUGUUUGUCGUGAAAUGCUUAGUGGACUGGCCAAGCUGUGUCACCUUCUCUGAGCAAAGCCAUAUGGAGCGUCCACCCAGACACCCCACUCUGUACACACUUGCUCCUGCCUCUGAGGCCUCUGUCCUCGGGGCCAGAACUGGCACAUGAAUGUAGUUGGCUGCCCUCUGCAUGAAUGACAGGCAGCUCCUGCGCAGAGUUCUAAUCCUUACCGCCAGGAUUAGCUCCCAGCUGCCGUGAGACCCAGCCAGCAUCCUCCCCGGCACACUUCUGACCCACCUCCCUUCCUGCCCCGCUAUAAAAGCAGUGCCACACCCUCCAAGGUGAAAUAGAUAAAAAGCCUGUACUAGAUACCAUAAGGAAUCAAGAUCCUGGGCAUACACCGUUCACCUCCACACUUAUGUCCAACUGGGUCAACAUUGGAAGUCGACUAUUUUAAUUUCAGCCAGUAAUUCUAAUCCUGCCUCUGCUCCCUUUCUCUCCCUAAAGACAAGUACAUCUUUUUUGUCCCUCCCCAGUUUUCUUGCCCCACUUCCUCCAGCUUCAUGGUCAGUGUUGUGCUCAAUAAAAUGGACAUAUUUUUCUCUA